GGGCCCGCGCGCCCCGCCCCCACAGGAGACCUGCGCGGAGGCGGCACCGCGGCCGCAGGCUGUGACCCCCCCAGGUCUGCGGCCAGUGGCCUGAGGGGCAUCCCGGCUUUUUCGCGGCGAGAGGCGGAGCCGGAGCCCAGGACUGGGUCCAGGUGGGCUCAAGGGAGGAUGAAGCAGGCCCUGGUGGACGACACUGAGGAUGUGUCCUUGGACUUUGGCAACGAAGAGGAGUUGGCCUUUCGGAAAGCCAAGAUCAGGCACCCCUUGGCCACCUUCUUCCACCUGUUCUUCCGAGUGAGCGCCAUCGUCACUUACGUGGGCUGCGACUGGUUCAGCAGAAGCUUUGUGGGCUGCUUCGUCACCGUGCUCCUCCUUCUGUCCUUCGACUUCUGGUCUGUGAAGAAUGUAACUGGGAGGCUCAUGGUGGGCCUCCGCUGGUGGAACCAGGUCGAUGAAGAUGGGAAAAGCCACUGGAUUUUUGAAGCCAGAAAGGUCUCUCCGAACAGCAUCGCCGCCACCGAAGCAGAAGCCCGGAUCUUCUGGCUCGGCCUCAUUAUCUGCCCCAUCAUUUGGAUUGUGUUCUUCUUCAGCACCUUGUUUUCCUUGAAGCUAAAGUGGCUGGCCCUCGUGAUAGCGGGGAUCUCUCUCCAGGCCGCUAACCUGUAUGGCUACAUCCUGUGCAAGAUGGGAGGCGAGAGUGACAUCAGCAAAGCCGCCGCCAGCUUUCUGUCCCAGACGGUGUUCCAGACGGCCUGCCCACGUGACUUUGAGAAGCCUGGCCUCGAGGGGCUGGAGAUCCACAAGUGUUAGGCAUAUCUUCAGAGGCAGCAGUAGCGAGGUGAGGGCUCUGCAGUCAAGCAAGCGCCAGCAGGCAUUCCGACCAACAAGCCGCGGGUUUUCAGUGAAGCAGGGACGUUUGAGGAGACGCUUUUAUUUUUUAAAUGGCACAUGUGUAAAGAACGCCCUUUACAUGUGAUCUAAAGAAAACUGUACAAAUAUCAGGUGAUUAAAGUGUCUGCAAAAGUGACUUCACACCA